AGAGAAAACAAGCGUCCAAAACACUGGAAUUGAGAAGGAAACCAUCGAACUCUCUCCCACAUCACCUGAUAGCCUUUCAGUCAUACAUUAACCAACAAACCACUUCAUAUAUCACUCAAAUGCCUAUAAAUAUCCAACCAUAUCCCACAGCUUCUUCAUCCAAAUCACAUUCUCAUUCUUCUGUGUUUUACCAGUUUCUUCUAAUUCAUUUUACAGUUUCUUCAUUCUUACAAUGGCUAAAAAUACAGCUCAGUCUCCACUUGAGAGGAAUAGCUUGGCUUCACUAGACCAGAGGCUGGCCAUGGCUAAGCGCUGUUCUCAUGAGGGUGUGAAAGCAGGAGCUAAAGCAGCUGUUCUUGCUAGCAUUGCUACUGCCAUUCCAACCCUUGCCAGUGUGAGGAUGUUGCCUUGGGCAAAAGCCCACCUCAAUCACACUGCACAAGCCCUCAUAAUCUCCACAGUGGCUGGAGCAGCAUAUUUCAUAGUUGCUGAUAAGACUGUCCUGGCUACAGCCAGAAGGAACUCCUUCAAGCAUCACACUAACGUGGAAGCAUGAAUCCAAAACAAACAUGGGUUAUAAGUUUGGUUGUACUUCAUUCGAUUAUGACGAAAAUUUAGUAUGUAACUCCAACUUUAUUGAUAAAUAAAGACGGAUUUUCUAUCA